UGCUAUAACCUCUUUAAUACCGUGACACAUGGAUAAUCUUUUUAUCAAUUAACUUUAUGCAUGAUUUGAAAGAGACAAUUUUAAUUGCCGUGUCUGUUUUAUAUACUCAAAUAUAUAUAUAGAUUACAUAUAUGAAAAUUACAUAUAUGAAAGGAAAGAAUUUUUUGUAUUUUUGAAAAUAUAUUUGCAGUAACUGCAUGACUAACGUAUCUACAUUAAAAUGGGUCAAGGAACGCAAGACGAUAGUGAUAAUAUCUCAUCUGAUCUUCAAAAUGAGUCUAACGUUGACAUUUCUAGUGAAGAAAGUGAAAAAAAGUAUAAAUGUACUUAUCCUGACUGCCAUGCAGCAUUCUUUCGGCCUUCCAGAUUACAGAGGCAUAUACGAUUGCAUACUGGAGAGAAACCUUACAAGUGUCAGCAUGAGGGAUGUACAAAAUCUUAUACCAAUUCUACCCACUUGAAAAGGCACUUGGAAACCCAUAAUGCUACAAAGAAAAUGUACAAAUGCACGGUAUGCUCACUGGCGAUCAGUAAUCUUCACAAUUUGAAACGUCAUUACAAACGAGUGCAUAGUACGGACGCACAGAUUUCCUGCAAGGAAUGCAGCGAAACUUUCAAUAAAAAGUCUCAGCUUAUCAGGCACCAGAUCACGCAUCAUAAAUCUGAGAUUUACAAGUGUGACAAAUGUAAAAAGACUUUUGCGAAUAAUUCUCGGUUAAGACAGCAUGAAAAAAUGCAUGAGGGGAGCAAGACUUAUCCGUGUCCAGUGCCUGAGUGCUCGGAAGUGUUCAAUAAGUGGCUUCUUUUAUGUGCGCACAAAAAGGUGAAGCAUGUAACAGAGCACAAAUGUACCAGCUGUGACAAGGUUUUCCUCAAUAAAACUAACCUGAGGACUCAUUCUAAAAUACAUUCUGAGAACAGAACGGUUAUACCGUGUCCGUACGAUGGAUGUCAGAGAACUUAUUACUUCAAAUCGAAUUUGGAGUGCCAUGUGAGGGUUAAACAUCUCGGAGAAAAAUUUGUCUGUGAUAUGUGCUCCUUCAGAUUCUCGUCAAAACAGAAAUUGAUAGAGCAUAUUCGUCACCAGGAACAGAAAGAAAGAAGCAAGCCAAAGAAGAAAUUGAAUGCCCAACGAAAAAAGAGGAAAGAUGCUGGCAUACCGAAGAGAAGUGUGUUGACUCGAUUAAUUGGAUUGGACUUGCCAAGUAAUUUGGAAAAGCUAGUGAUGGAGCGAGAAGAAGUGAUAGCAGUCAGUAACAAAGAAGUUGUAGUGCAAACUUAAACGAUACAGAAAUUAAUUUCGCUGUAAUUAAAUUAAAAAUGACACAUUUCUAAUCUAUGAACAUGUAACAUGUAAUAAUAAAAACGUGAUGUGUUACAAGUGCAAUAUA